AUGACAAACGCCAUAUUCACUCUCAUCUAUAGUCCUGAUUACCUUGCCGGUGCAUUUGUCUUGGGCAUUCAAUUGCAAAAAAUAAAACACACAGCAUCUAACCGUGACUUUACCCUUGGAGUAUUAGUCGAUAAGUCGCAAUUUACCACUAGUCAGUUAGACAAACUACUCAAAUUUUACGACAGGCUCAUCGACGUCUCACCUUUGCGAUCAACCAUAUAUGAUAAGUUGCAGAAUGAUUUAGGUAGACCAGAAUUGGGAAAGACCUUUACCAAAGUCAAACUUUGGUCGUUGGAUGAGUAUGACAAGGUGUUGUACUUGGAUGCUGACACUUUGCCUCUACUUCCAUCAGAUAAUACCACAUCCGUAGCAGAUCUUUUAAAAUUGGAUUUUCCAAAAGACAAGAUUAUAGCAGCGCCUGAUUCAGGAUUCCCUGACAUUUUCAACUCGGGUGUUUUGUUAUUAAAACCAAAUCAAAAGACAUAUGAUGAAUUAGUUGCAUUGGUCAAGGAAUCAGUUGAGAACCCCCAUGUUUCCUUUGACGGUGCUGACCAAGGUUUAUUGAACCAGUACUUUAACGCUCAGCCGGACUGGGUAGUACAAAUGCUCAGCAAAGAUGAUACCAAUGUUGAGCAAAGACAAUUUGUGGAUAAUAAUUGGAUUAAAUUGCCAUUUUUGUACAACGUUACACCAUCUUCUGCUUAUGAAUAUUUACCUGCGUUUAAGCAUUUUCAUGGUGAACCUUUUUCAAAUGCGAGUGUCGAUCACAAGGAUGGUGGUUAUGGCCAACAAGCCAAUGACGAAAAGAUAUUGGAACUGACGUCUGAGACUUUGCUGCGCUAUCACUUUGCUGCCGUCAAACACAUCGUUGCUAAUGCUUCUCAGGUUAAGGUCUUGCAUUUCAUUGGUCCUUACAAGCCUUGGUCAUCUUCAUCCACUGCAGGUGGGAUUCAUAAAGACUGGUGGAAAUUAUGGAUUGAAGAGUUUGGGGAAAGCUCGGUACAAGAUGUGGUUUAUGAUCAGUCGCAACAACCACUGUUUGUUUCUGGGUCGCCUGAUUCACCUGAGGUCUCCAACGAGCAAGAGUCGGAAGUCCAAUCACCAGUAAGGAAGCCUAUUAACCGGUCUGAUCCUUAUGCUUUGUUGGAUCCAGCAAAUUACCAGCACUUGCCUGAUAGUGCUAAACCUAGCCUUGACUCCAUGUGGGAUCCAUCUAAAGAGCCACCGCCAAAGAUUGGUCGUUCAAGCGAAGUGGGUCACAAUACUUUUGAAGAACAGUUGAGAAAACUGUAUGACAACCAAUGGAGUCCUUAUAAAGAGAGUGAUGACCAAGCUCGUAAGCAAAUUGAUACGUCUGGUGAGGAAGCCUCAGUAGAGCAUCUUAUCUCACAAUUCGACCUGCAGCGAAGCGAUUCGUCAUUCCAAAGGCCAGAUCUUUACGGACAUAAGUUUAUCAAGCCUGAAAGAGUGUUUGAUUCAAGUUCUGAUUAUACUCCAAGACACAUUUUGCGCGAUCUUGAGAACGUGAAGCUAACUACCGAAGGUGACAACACUCAGCCUCAACAAGGUGAGGCAGCUCGGUUAUCAGGAGAUGUCGCUGAUUUCAAUGCCGUUAAUGAGUCAUUGGAGAGACAGGGCUAUGUAAAUACUGAUUACUUUGAGGAAGUUUAUGACGAAAACCAAGAAGCAGGUACGGGAGAGACAUUUGUAAAUGACGGUAAAGUAGCAGGAGGAGAGGAGGACCCUAACCCUGCUCCAAAAUUGUUUCCUUGGGAGUACAAAGGAGACAAUAGGCCUGAGCGAGUCUUUGAUUAA